AGCUAGUGUAUAUAAAGCACUUCACGCCCCUCCGUUCAUAUCUUGUUUUGCCGUCGGUCAGUGCCCGUCUCUUGUCUUUUUGGUGCUCAUCUCUCUCAGAGAACUUUGAAGAAAAUGUCGAAACAACCAGAGCUGGCAUAUUGGAAAAUUCGUGGUCUUGCUGAGCCUAUUCGCCUGCUUCUCCGUUAUGUCUCCGAAGAUUAUACAGAAAAGUUAUUUGAACAAGGAGAUGGCCCUGAAUUUAGCCGUGAAUGUUGGUAUAGUGUGAAGCAUGAUUUUGGUCUGGAUUUCCCAAAUCUCCCUUACUAUAUUGAUGGUGACAACAAGAUAUCGCAGAGCAACGCCAUUCUUCGUUACAUCGCCCGCAAGCACAAUCUCCUCGGCGAGUCAGAAAAAGAUAAGAUACUUGUAGAUGUUAUGGAGAACCAAGCAAUGGAUUUCAGAAUUGGGUUUGUUCGUCUCUGUUAUGGACCCAAUUAUGAUAAAAAUAAACCAGAAUACCUGAAGAGUGUCCAUACAUCACUGCAAGACUUUGAGAAAUAUUUGGGCAAACAUACUUGGUUUGGUGGUGAAAAGGUGACUUUUGUAGACUUCCCAAUGUAUGAACUCCUGGAUCAACAUAAGGCAUUUGACUGCAAGCUUCUUGAGAAUUAUCCAAAACUAAACGCUUUCCUGAAAAGAUUUGAAGAACUUCCGAAGAUCAAAGCUUAUCAUCAGUCUAAGGAAUAUGUGAAACUUCCCAUCAACAAUAAGGUUGCUCACUUCCAGUAAAUUCUUCGUAAUUCUUUGAAUUUUGUGACCAGAUUUCAGCCAUACAAUUUUAUAUUUUGGUGGAGAUGACAUUUUUGGUUUCUACCUUUUUAAUUUUGGGCCGUUCAAACCAAAAAGAUCCGGAAUCACAGGAGAGGUGCUGUGUCUGUUCUCUAAUAUCUUAACUCUCUCUCUCUUUCUCCCAAAUAUCUCCACCCUAAAUAAAAUGUGUUGUCUGGAAAAUUCUGCUCUCAAAUAAAGGAAAGAAAUUUUGUAUUCUUCUUUCGCUUUCAAAACAAAUAAAAUUCUAUUUUCACUCGA